AUGAGUGAUUUCCUGAAAUCGGCUAUGAGCUACUUCAACGCGACCCCGUCGAACGGAUUGGACAACGAAUUCGUCGGCCAAACGGUGGAAGUGUCGAACGUGAAGCUGCGUAUCAAGCGUGUUAUAGCGGAAGGUGGGUUUGCGUACGUGUUCGUGGCCCAGGAUGUUCAGUCGGGGACGGAGUUUGCAUUGAAGCGAUUACUCGGUACCGACAAGGAAGAAUGCAACAACAUCAUUCGCGAGAUCAACAUCCACAAGCAGGUCUCGGGACACCCGAAUGUGGUGAAGUUUGUGGCCGCCACCUUCAUCGAUCGAACACAGGCGUCUGGCGGAGGCCAACGGCGUGCCGAAUAUUUGCUCGUGUCGGAACUGUGCAAGGGAGGCGGGCUGUAUGACUGUCUCGAGCAGGAUCUUGCCCCGGAAACGGUGCUCCGUGUGUUCUACCAGGCCACGAAAGCCGUCGCACAUCUGCACAGUCAACCGAAGCCGAUUAACCAUCGGGACAUUAAAAUUGAAAACUUCCUCAUCGGUAGUGAUGGAUUGCUGAAGCUGUGUGAUUUCGGGUCAGCAUCGACCGACAGCUACGCACCGGACGUGACGUGGAAUGCGCAGCAACGCGACACACUGGAAGACGCCCUGACGCGAUGCACAACUCCGAUGUACCGGGCACCGGAACAGCUGGACACGUGGGCCAACUAUCCGAUCGGUUUCAAGAUGGACGUGUGGGCGCUCGGGUGUGUCCUGUACUGUCUCUGCUACCGAAAGCACCCGUUUGAGGAUUCGGCCAAGUUGCGCAUUAUCAACGCGAACUACACCAUUCCAAACGACUCGCGGUACGCGUGCUUCAGUGACACGAUUCGCGGUUGCCUGCAGGUUGACCCGAACCAGCGCUUCGAUACGGCCAUGGUGCUAGAGCGUUUGGCAGCGAUCGCCGAAACGAAAGGAUGGCCACUGAAGGCCCCGCUCGGGUUGUCGGGCAAACCGCUAAACUCUCCACCAUCCGGUGUUACACCGACACCGAGUCCGGUUCAUCGAGCAAAUGGUGCUGGUGUUCCGGAGCGACCGGCUCCACCACGACCCGUCUGCCCUCCCGGUGGACCGGUACAGAUUGGGACCGAUAUUUCGACGAACAAAAACAACAGGUACCCGCAACGGCCACCCGAUCCGGUUCGAGUAAUGGUUAGUGGUGUUCCAGCGCAACAGCCACCGGCCGCUGGCUUUCCUGGCCACCACCAUCAGCCAGGACCACCGUACGGUCAACCGGUGGCAGCGGUCGGUGGUGGUGGUGGUUUGUUUUCGUCCAUCAAGGGCGGUGCUGGCAGUUUCCUCAAGAACCUGAAGGACACCUCCUCGAAGGUGAUGCAAACGGUGCAGCAAAGCAUCGCCCGGACCGAUCUCGAUCUCAGCUACAUUACACAGCGCAUUCUCGUGAUGCCGUGUCCCUCGGAAGGGCUCGAGUCCACCUACCGUACUAACAACAUCGAAGACGUAAAGGUGUACCUCGACACACGCUACCAACCAACGAAGCUGAGCGUCUACAACUUGGGACCGCGCAGCAGUCCCCGAAUGCCUCCACCGGUCCGUACCGUCGAGGCGGGAUUCAUUUACGCUCCGGCGCCAGCCAAUACUACUUUGGCCAGCGGCAAAGCUCCGCUACUGGCAGGCCUCUACUCACUGGUGGAAGAUAUCUACGGUUUUCUGAGCGCCGACCCGAAAACGAUCGUCGUCAUCCAGAGCCCGGAUAGUGGCCGAGCACUGGCGGCAACUGUUGUGUGUGCGCUGCUAAUCUACGCCGGGCUCGUUACGGAGCCGGAAGAUGCGAUGCAAAUAUUUGCUAUCCGGCGGACGCCACCGAACAUGCGCCCGUCGGAGUUGCGGUAUCUUUACUAUCUGGGUGAUAUCGUACGAUCGGUGCCCCACUUGCCGCACUACAAACCCGUCACGCUAGUGUCGCUGGCCGUAUCGCCGGUGCCGCGCAUGACGAAGGCCCGCGAUGGCUGCCGCAUGUAUGUGGAGGUGGCCACCGCCGACCGGAUUGUAUUCUGCACGCUACAGGAUUACGAGCGAAUGCGCUUGUAUCACUCGGCGGAGGGCAAGAUCGCUCUCGCCAUGAACGUUACCGUGUGUGGCGAUGUGACCAUCACGCUGUACCACGCGCGAAACGCACUCGGCGGGAUGGGCCGUCCGCAGGGUAUCCGCAUCUGUCAGCUGCAGUUCCACACCGGGUACAUUCCAGAAGAGGAAACGCUCAUCAACUAUGACCGGUCCGAGCUGGACGAGGUGCCGGAUCUCGAGCACGUACCGCAAAAGUUUUGCGUUGCGUUGAGCGUAUUCGUCGGUGACUCGGAGCGGCCACCGGCCAGUCAACCUCCGUGGCGAAGCUCCGGCAAAGCUGGCACGCGCGACCCAAAGCUGCUCUUUGCCACACAGCUGGAGUAUGAGGAGAAUGUGGACAACUUUGUCACCAAACCCAACCGGGGAGCUUCCUCGGCGGUCAGUGGUGGAUCAGUGGCACCCCCGAAACCGCCACCACCACGACCGGCACCACCCUCUCCGCAGCCGGUCCACCGAGGAGCGUUUGUUGGUGAGCCCCCGGGUGCACCGACUAUUGUGACCGAGGAACGAGAAGCUGAUCUGCUCAAUCUCAGCAAAUCUAGUCACGGGGAAACGGUAGCGGCCGGUGGUGAAGAGGACCACCGCCCGACCACUGAUCGACCGAAGGUGGAAGAAACGUUCGAUCUGCUCGGUGGACUAUCGCCCCCUACGAGCAGUGAAGUUCCGCCUGCUGGCCGUACAUCCACCAAAUCGGCCGUUUUGGAUGAAAUCUUCGGAACAUUCGAUGAUGGGACGCCGGCAGAGUCCACCCUGCAUGCGUCGAAAUCGAGCAGCGAUCUGAACGGGCUGAACCUAAACUUCGAUCACUUCGGUGGCGUUGCGCAACCGGCGGCACCGUUUAGUAAUGGUUCCUCGGCGGAGACAAGCGGCGCAUCCAACGCGAACAAUAGUUUCGGAUUCGACGCGUUCGCAGGUGUAGGACCGCAAGUGUUCUACAAUAGUGCUGCGUCCCCGGCGCAACAGCAACCGUCGGCAUCGCAAGCGAAUACCGCCGGCCAAAGUCAACCGAAAGAUCCAUUCGCCGACAUUGGCAACUUAACGGCCGGUUUGGUUGCUGGAGGCAACCAGGGCGGUGGUGGUGGUGGUUGGGGCAAGGGUGGUGGUACAACGCCUAGCCCACGCUCGACACAGUUCUCUAGUCCCACGCACCAGUUCAGCGGUGCCAGCACGGCCAACCCUUCGCCGAGGGCACCGUCUACACCGAAUCAUCAGCAGCAGCAGAUGCGCAGCCCGAACGAGGGCAAUCCGCAACGUCAACCCGACUACAGCCGGUCGCACUUUGCCGAACCGUCCAAGGGCACCACGCCGAACAACGGCGGUAGCAAUGGUAGUAACGGCGGUGGUGGUGGUGGCGGUGUCCGUUCGGGUGGUGAUAUAUUCGGCGACAUUCUCGGCCAGCAGGGUUACUCGUUUGGGAGUACGAAAAAUCAGGGUCCGCGCACGAUGAACGAUAUGCGCAAGGAGGAACUGGUGAAGGAGAUGGACCCGGAGCGAUUAAAAUUGUUGGAAUGGACUGAGGGUAAGAAGAGCAACAUUCGGGCAUUGCUCUGUACCGUCCACACGAUUCUGUGGCCCGGGGCCAAGUGGACAAAGUGUGAAAUGCAUCAGCUGGUGACGGCUGCGGAUGUGAAAAAAAUCUACCGCAAAGCUUGUCUCGCUGUUCACCCGGAUAAGCACACCGGUACCGAGAACGAAAGCAUGGCAAAGUUGAUCUUCAUGGAGCUGAACAACGCCUGGACCGAGUUCGAGAGUGAUGCGAGUCAGCAAAAUCUGUUUGCUAACUAAAUCGCCGGUCGAUCGGAGCUUGGACCCUGCGUAAGUUGUUGAUUCGUUGUAAUGUUUUGGCGUUUAGAGAAAACGAAACAAAGAGGCAAUUCAAAUGAACCAACAUCACAUGCCCACAUGGUGAACAGUUUCAAAGUGAGUAGCGUUCCAUGUAUGCGAAAGUUCAAAAUUAUUUCUCGACUCGAUUGCUGUGAAGAAUGCGGAAUGCGUUACACUCGCAUGGCAAACGUUCGCAGUCUUCAUUACCCUUUUUUUGAUCUAUGCUCGGCAAGGUAAGGGAGCCGCCUUAAGGUCGCACGCGCGGCAAAGGACUGAAGUAACGGAUGCUCUCCGGUGAGGAUAAUGUGAUAAUUUGUUCUUUCCUCGUGAUGCCACCACCUGAUCCAACGAAUGUGCAUUUUGCUUUACAUCACAGUUUGUUUUUUGUUGGUCAAAUUCCUUUCCCCCGCUGCAUUGCCGUAGAGCAAUCGAAGUAGACCAAACCCACAUCGGUGAUAUCUGAACCCCUGCAAUCCAUGCAACUAUUUUAGUGAUUUAAUGUGGCCCUCUGCUGUAAGCGUUAAAAGUAUUAAAGAAUUUAUCGCAAAGAAUCGCUGCACCGACGACGAGUCCGACGAGGGACACGGAAUCGCACCAUUUGCCUCUAGAUAAUGCUUCGAUAAACCCACUUGGACUUCCUAGACGCCGUUCGAUUAGAGAGUAUCCGAUUUCGUUCUAGCGUGUAUUUGACUUGUUUAAGUUUAGUUUAAUUGCUCUAUUAGGUAAAAGGGUGAAAGUACGAAGUUUUAUACGCUUCAUGGGUUGAGUCACACAAACGGGCAGGAACGGGCGAUUGUUACGGCUAUUACAAAGUUAAAAAGAUCAAUUACCACUGUCACGGCAGCCAGCAGCAGUAGAACCUUUAAAAUGUUAUUCUAGCAGAAACAGAAAAAACCCGGUUUAACAACGGUGGAUUGUUUUAGGACUAGAUGAAGCAAACGGCGAAACAGCACCCCACCCGGUGUCCGUUUCACCGUUUAAUCUUUACCGCUUACAAAAAAGGCCCACGGCGUGCAGAAAACGACGUCCCCACGCGGUUACCGAUUAGGAACGGAACUCCGGAAUAUAUAGCCAUCCAUUCGCGGAUGGUAUGGAUGCAUUUUAGCCGCCUAAUGAACCUUCCCGUCGCCCUGUUGUUGAAUUUGUUUCACGCGAUAUGUGUAUAAGCCAGUAACUUAUUCUAGACCAUUAGAUAUCACGUUAUAAGGACCGGCCGAACCGGAACCACAACACACAUUGGAUGCGUAGGGAAGAGAGUGUACAGUGCGGAGUGUAGAUGUAAGGUGCGGAUAGACUUAGGUAGGCACGCGAAAAAGACGUACCGGGCGCGACACGCUGGAAAGGGAUUUGUGAGGCUAAAGGCGCUGCCGGUGGAAAGUGUACAACAGUUACUCACUUAUUACUACUACUAAUACUACUAACAAAGCUGCGGCGCGCUGCCCCGAAGUUGAUUUCACCCGCAAACGGUGCUUAGAUGUAAUCCUGUUUUGCAUGUAAGCCAUCCCCGGUGAUGAAAUAUAGCUUCCUUCCAAAAGAGGGGACACCGAGAUGACGCCAAGAUUAUGCUCGGGAAGAGCCUAUUGUUUCAGUUCAAACGCAGUGCCACGCUGCAAACCCGUUGAUGGGGGUCUGUACCGAAACCAUGGCACCCCGCGUUGGAAGGUUUCUUGCUUCGCUGGAAGGACCCUUGUGGCAAUACGUGGAGCCCCGGUGGGCGGCAAAUUAGUUAAGAGACCGUUUCGUUCAACAAGUGAGAGAUUUCCGCCGUGUCCUGUGUCCUCAACACGGUCUUAUUCUUUAACCGGUUCGUGCGCGCCCGCUACUUGCUCCCUGGGACAUGCGUGGCGCGUCCCGGCGGUUAGUGCGGCUAGGCGAAGAAAACAUUUCCAGAUAUAUACACCAGAUAUUGUUACGCAACUUGAAUUGCGCGUGCAAGUAAAAAGAAUUUCCU